AAGAAUGGUAUAUUGUAAUCCGGAAGAAAAGCCAACCUUGGGAAGCGCUGUUUGGUGACGAUUUUAACAUUUAACUAUUUUACGUGUUCAAGGGUGAUAUUCCGGUAAUCAUGUAUCUUGUCGGGGUGUUUUUUUACGUUACGUAUGGUUGCGCAAACUAAACACGUCUUUUCGCAUAACAUUACUGUCACAGCAAGGGCUGUCAUUGAAAAAUGAGGAACCCUUUUCGCACCAUCACAAGAAGCUGUAAACCGCUUGUCAUCUGGCGACAAAGGGCCUUUUUAUCAUUAUGCUCAACUCAAAGCAGGGUGAAGAGCACGACCGGCGAGGUGUGCAAAGAGGAAAGAAGCAUCUACAUAACCACCCCCAUCUUCUAUGUCAAUGCGUCUCCUCAUCUGGGCCACCUGUAUUCAGCACUUUUAGCCGACUGCAUGCACAGAUACAAGCUUCUACAGGGAUUCAGGUCGAGGUUUGCUACAGGCACAGACGAGCACGGUUUAAAAAUCCAACAGGCGGCUGAUAUGGCAGGAGAAGACCCUCUGACUUUCUGCACCAGCGUUUCCCAGAGAUUCCGCCAGGUCUUCGGCAGGUGCGACGUGUCCUUCACGGACUACAUCAGGACCACCGAGGAGCGCCAUCGGCGGGCCGUGGAGCACUUCUGGUGCGUGCUGCGCGACAAAGGGCUCAUCUAUAAGGGCAGCUACGAGGGCUGGUACUCCACGCCAGACGAGAGCUUCCUCACGCCGACGCAGGUGGCCGACGCCGUGGACACGCUGGGCCAGCCCAUCAAAGUAUCGCUGGAGAGUGGUCACAAGGUAGAGUGGCUGAAAGAGGAAAACUACAUGUUCCGUUUGUCGGCAUUCCGAACUCAACUGCUCGAUUGGCUCCGGAGAAACCCCAGAGCCAUCCAGCCCGACCACUUCCUCCAGGUUGUUCUCAGGUGGCUGCAGGACGACCUUCCGGACCUGUCCGUGUCCCGCCCAAGAAGUCGCCUCCAGUGGGGGAUUCCUGUGCCGGGGGAUUCCGAGCACACUGUCUACGUGUGGCUGGACGCUCUGGUCAACUACCUCACAGUGGCCGGUUACCCCGACGACCACGAUCGCUGGUGGUGCGUUGCCCACCACAUUGUCGGGAAAGACAUCCUGAAAUUCCACACCAUCCAUUGGCCGGCUUUCCUGCUCGGGGCGGAACUGGCACCCCCGCGGUCCGUACACGUGCACUCGCACUGGACAGUCAACGGCACCAAGAUGUCUAAAAGUUUGGGGAAUGUGGUCGAUCCAUUUGAGCGCACGCAGGCGUUCACCACCGACGGUUUAAGGUACUUCCUGCUGCGUCAAGGUGUGCCCGAUUCCGACUGUGACUACACCGACCGAAAAGUCAUCAAGCUGCUCAACGCCGAGUUGGCCGAUUCCUUAGGCGGCCUUCUCAAUCGCUGCACCGCUCCCGCUCUCAACCCCAACCAGACCUACCUGCCGUUCUGCACUCAGUCUUUUCCCAGGAAUCCAUACGGCAGAGCAGUACCAGAAGAUUAUCACAUGCUGGAUGCUGUGCAAAGCCUCCCCGCGUUGGUGGAGCGUCACUAUGAGAGCCUGCAUGUGUACAAAGCCCUGGAGGCCAUCGCUUCCUGCGUGAGGCAAACCAACGGCUUCGUUCAGCGCCACGCACCUUGGAAGUUGAACAGGACGGAUGAUGGAGAGCGGCGCUGGUUGAACUCCAUCAUCUACGUCGCGCUGGAAUGUUUGCGGAUUUACGGGACCCUCCUGCAGCCCAUCGUGCCGCGAUUAGCUGACAGGCUGCUGUCCAGACUCGGCGUGCGAGCUGACGAGAGGAACUGGGCCGACCUGGAGUUCCUGCUGAGCUACCGCGGCAAAUGCUGCCCCUUCCAGGGAAGAAAGCUAGGACACAACACGGGCGUGCUUUUCAACCGCCUGGACGAUCCCGGUGGAGAUGAGCAAAAGCCAAGGAAUGUUAAAAAAAAUGAUCACCCCAAGGCACUGAAUUGAGGAACCAGGUCCGGAACUACACUCAUUAAAGGUCCCAUGCCAUCACCCCCCCCCCACCUUUAUUAUUGGGUUUGUAAGAUCAUUUGGAUUGGAAAUGCUCAGGAUUACUUUUUCAAACUAUUAUAGUUGGUCUUUUUUCACCUGGCAAUUAAAAUAUAAGAAUUUAUCAUUCAUAUCCUGUAUGUAAAUAUUCUUUGCUCUGAUUAGAUUCUGGUUGUUCUUAGUAAAGCUACAGAAAACUGCUUUGCUCCAAUUGGCCCUUGGUGCUAUCAUGUUUGAAAUCGUUUUAUGUGGGUCUGUCAUUGUAAAGGCAAAUUCACCAAGCGUUGAAUUAUUGGCCCCACUAAAAUGAAAAUAAAAGAAUGAAAAAAAUCUUGGUGAGGCUCAUCAACCACUCACGUUCACUUGAACAAAACCAGCACUCGCAUGAUUGAGUGAAAAUGACUGCAAGCUUUGCUAAUUUAUCCACAGUUACAUUAUAAACUGUAAAAAGUAUAAUUUCUAGACUGAAUUUGAGAGUCACUCACUUAAAAAGAU